UUAAAUUAAUGUCAACCUGCCUUUGCCAGCAGAUCUAAACCAGCAGUGAUAGCGAAAGUACGUGCUCAGUGCAACCUGAGAGCUGCUCUACACAUAUUAACAUGGCUCGGCGGCCAAGAAACAGUGUUUACAGCAGCGAGGAGGAUGAGGAGGAGAACGAGAUGUAUGAGCAUGAUUAUGAUGGAACGCUGGCCAAGGCAGGGAAACGCCACCUCGGCAAAACACGUUGGACACGAGAAGAGGAUGAGAAGUUAAAGAAACUUGUUGAGCUUCACGGGUCAGAAGACUGGAAACUCAUCGCAAGCCUACUAACCGUGAGUCGACGUCCUAACCGUACAGAUGUGCAGUGUCAGCACAGGUGGCAGAAGGUUCUGAACCCAGAGCUCAUCAAAGGGCCUUGGACCAAAGAGGAGGACCAGAGGGUGAUCGAGCUGGUGCAGAAGUACGGAGCCAAGCGCUGGUCGGUCAUCGCCAAGCACCUAAAGGGGCGCAUCGGCAAGCAGUGCCGCGAGCGCUGGCACAAUCACCUGAACCCGGAGGUCAAGAAAACAUCGUGGACCGAGGAGGAGGACCGGAUCAUCUACCAGGCGCACGAGAAGCUGGGAAACCGCUGGGCCGAAAUCGCUAAGCUGCUCCCCGGCAGGACAGACAAUGCUAUAAAGAACCACUGGAACUCCACCAUGAGGAGAAAGGUAGAGCAGGAGGGCUACCUGCAGCUCACGUCCAAGAACGCCAACUCCUCGCUCUCCAUCGCCCACGGCUACGUCAAGAACAGCAAUCACAUCAUGGGUUUCCCCCACCACUCGCCCAGUCACACGCAGAUGUCCCCGCAACUCUACUACAUCUCCGACACACACAGGGUACCGUUCCCCUUGUCGCUGCCUUUUAACAUCCGGAACAUUCCCCAGCAUGGAACAGCUGCUAUACAGAGACACUAUAACGAGGAGGACCCCGAAAAGGAGCAGAGGGUGAAGGAGAUCGAGCGGCUGCUCAUGUCGACAGAAGACGAGCUGAGAGGGAAGCCAUCGCUAUCAAUGAAUUUGUCCUAUCCGACAAUCUGGGCCAGCCAGAGCGCUUUGACCAACAGCUCAGAGGGCGGCCUGUUGUUAACUCACCACCAUGCCCCCGCCCUGCCUCUGGAUCAGAGCUGCCUACCUGAGGAGAGCGCCUCUGCAUCACGUGCGAACGGCAGGAAUAACAACAACAACAACAACAACAACAGCCUUCACAGCAGCUCCACGUUCUCAAAUACUAUUCCAGAGUUCAUGGACUGCGUCAUCGACUCGUUUCUCAACCAGUCAAUGAGCUCGGAGCACUCUGACACCGACAGCUUACCGAUGAGUUCGCCCGUGGACACCAAGCCUGUGAUCAACCACACCAUCAGCCCCCACACAGACAGUGAAAUGUUCAGAACCCCAAAUAUCCGUCGGUCCAUCCUGGAGUCAUCUCCCUGUACGCCCACGCCCUUCAGGUCAGCCCUGGCCCGGCAGGAGGCCAAGUAUGGCAAACUACUGAAUUCCCCUCUGGAGCAGCAGAUGAUAGAGUCCAUCAAGCAGGAGCCCAUGGAGUGUGCCAUCGAUCAGCCUCCUCUGAAGAAGAUAAAACAAGAGGUGGAGUCCCCGUGUGAGAGGAGCCCGUGUAUGCAGUGGGAAGGACAAGAGCUCCACACACAGCUCUUUUCCCCAAGCGGCCCCGCACAGGAAGUACCUGACCUUCUCACCAGCUCAAUGUUGAGUGACGAUGGACACAAAUACCACCACCCCCGCAGAGGCAUGGGCAGCCCACUACAGCAGCUCAGUCCCUGGGAACAAGGGACUUGUGGGAAAACAGAGGAGCACGUCCUGGCCUCGGAGCAGAGCCACAAGUACAUCAACACUUACCCCACGAGGACACUGGUCAUGUAAAGAGACACUUGUUGAACUGAGAGAUCAGCAGUCCCUGCGCUGGACGCAGCGCGGCGGAUUACAUUUUUGUUGUGGUACAACAGUUGGGAGAGACUCUAUGCCGUCUGUGUUUUUACACUCACACUUGUUGGAUUUCAACCAACCAAAGACUAACCUUUUUUUACUCUUUUAUACAGAAUUUGCUCUGGGUUUUAUUGUACGUCCUUACUCUCGGUCUCGUCAUUUUUUAAAAUUGUUGUAUUAUAAAUGGGAAACGGUGGCUAUAUAAUUUUCAUUGGGAUGUAUUAUUAAUUCUGAAUUUUAAUAUUAAUAUAAAGAACAACUUGAUUAAUUUAUUUCCUUUUGAUAAUGUUAUUAUUGUUUUGUUUGGUUUUUUUUUACAAUUGGCCGAUGGAGCAGUGUUGAUUUUAAGUAUUUAAGCCCUAAGCAUUAUCAUAUAUUCCAAAGGCAUAUUAAUGGAUUGAAAACUGACCUCUUUAUUUCAGUCAUGAAACGUUUCUGUUCCUUUUCUAUUAUAAUUUUUUACAGGCUACAAUGUGUCUACUGAGAAUUUCGAGACUUUGGUCCAUGCCACAUAAUGUAAACACUUAUCGCUGAACCAGAAGCUGUUAUUAAACUAUGGACGGCCAUGUUUUAAACAAGGGGGCCAGCCUUAUUAGUAUUACCUGACCACCACAUUGGCACCUUAAAUUACGCUUUCAUUUCAAUUCACUUCUGGCCUUCACAGUAUCCUGUAUUGAACAAACACAUGUGUUAAAGAAAAAGUAUAUAUAUUUACAAAAUAUUAAAUGAGCUUAUAUUUAAUGAGCUUCACCCAGUAAGAGUAAAACCAAGCUGCACUUGAAUUUUAUAUUCUCCAUAAAAAGCGAGGGAUCUAAACACUGAUAUUUUAUAUAAUGCUACAAACAAAUACCAAUUGAAACUUUUGUAUGGUUGUUUGUUUUUAUACAUUUCUCUUGAAUUGUUUUAUAUUGUUGUGUAUUCAAUCAGCAUUUUGUUUUCUUACUAAGACUACAGUAGUCCAUUACAAACACUUAGCAGACAAUCUUUUAUACGCCUUGUUUUUUUAUAGUAGCUUUUGAGCAAAAAUGAUUUUAUAAAAGCAUUUAUACUUGCCAAGUUUUCAUGUUUUUUAUACUUUUCUAUACUGCCUAGUAAAUAAAGUGUGUUGUUUUUAUUAAAAUCUUUGUGUUGGGUGUCA